GCCUGUGAAUGCAGUGGGGUUUUUGCGUGUGAGUGAGUGUGUUUUGCUUGUGGAAUGUGGGAGUUGUCCCCACGCGCUUUACGAACAACCGACCUGUCCAAACAGUGCGCGCGUGGCAGAGGAUGUCACACCAACCAAAACAGCGGACGAACGCUCACAGCACAGUCUUUGGAGGAAAAUCCGCCGUACAGGUGAUGGAGUCAGCCGUUAGUACAUCCACUCAAGUGCCAGAUGAGUUUGACCGUAAUGUUCCACGGAUCUGUGGUGUGUGUGGAGACAAAGCCACUGGCUUUCACUUCAAUGCGAUGACCUGCGAGGGAUGCAAAGGCUUCUUCAGGCGCAGUAUGAAGCGGAAGGCCAGUUUUACCUGUCCUUUUAAUGGAAGCUGCACCAUCACUAAAGAUAACCGUCGCCACUGCCAGGCCUGCAGACUCAAGCGUUGCCUGGAUAUUGGCAUGAUGAAAGAGUUUAUCCUGACGGAUGAAGAGGUUCAAAGGAAAAAGGAUCUGAUCCAGAGGAGAAAGGAUGAGGAGGCACAGAGGGAGGCGCAGAAGCCCCGGCUCUCAGAUGAGCAGCGCAACAUCAUUGACACGCUGGUGGAAGCGCAUCACAAAACCUAUGACGAUUCCUACUCUGACUUCUCACGUUUCAGACCUCCAGUUAGAGAGGGUCCAGUUACACGUAGUGCCAGCCGAGCCGCGUCUCUUCAUUCACUAUCAGACGCCUCCUCAGACUCCUUCAGCCACUCUCCAGAGUCAGGAGAUCAUAAGAUGAAUCUGAGUAAUCUGUUGAUGAGGUAUCAUGAGCAGGGUUUGAGCUCCAGUCCGGACUCAAAGGAGGAUGAGGGCUCCGGUCUUUCCAUGCUUCCUCACCUGGCUGACCUGGUUUCCUACAGCAUUCAAAAAGUCAUCGGCUUUGCUAAGAUGAUUCCUGGAUUCAGAGAGCUGACAGCUGAAGAUCAGAUUGCUUUGCUGAAGUCCAGUGCUAUAGAAGUGAUCAUGCUAAGGUCUAACCAGUCUUUCAGUCUAGAGGACAUGAGUUGGAGCUGUGGAGGACCAGAUUUUAAAUACUGUGUCAAUGAUGUGACUAAAGCUGGACACACUCUGGAGCUGUUGGAGCCUCUGGUGAAGUUUCAGGUGGGCUUAAAAAAGCUCAACCUACAUGAGGAGGAACAUGUGCUGCUGAUGGGUAUAUGUCUGCUGUCUCCAGACCGUCCCGGGGUGAAGGACCACGUGCGAGUGGAAGCGUUGCAGGACAGGUUAUCCGAGGUCCUGCAGGCGUACAUCCUCGCGCAUCACCCUGGGGGCCGUCUGCUCUAUGCUAAGAUGAUCCAGAAGCUGGCGGACCUCCGUAGCCUGAACGAAGAGCACUCCAAGCAGUACCGCUCCCUUUCUUUCCAGCCCGAACACAGCAUGCAGCUGACCCCUCUGGUGUUGGAAGUGUUCGGUGGACAGGUCACCUAGUUACUUCGCCCGAGUCCGAUCCAAGAUGUGCGGGUUGAACGGCGUGACCCGAAGAGGUGUGGAGCGAAUGUACGGACAAUCACCUUAAAAUGCAUACAGAGUUUCCAGGACGAAGUUUGUGAGUGAUGUAUGUGUUUGUGUGUGUGUAUCCCUCAUCAUUUUCAGAUCGGCUAAGGGAGUGCCAUAGAUGUUUCCUCUUGUUUGUUGUAUGUAAGGAGAACAUUCUUAAAAGAAUGUAAUAUGGUCAUGGUGUUUUUCACUGUGGCAACUCAAUACAGUAAUAUUUUACUGUAUUACCAAUAGCCAACAGUAUUACACUGCAUGUGUAGGAUGAGUGCGUAGGUGUGCGGUCCUGUUCUAAACCUCUGCAUGGUCCCCAAAGCGCUGUCCACUACUGCUGAUGUCCUGUCUCUUUACCUCCUGCCUUUAAAUGCACAGGGUUAAAAAUACUAAUGCAAGCACACAGCUCACCCAACUCACUCCUCGCCUAGCCACUUAACCAAUUAAACGGCGGCGCCGCCCCCUUUCUCUGCCUCUAAAGCUCUGAUAGGUUGCUACACAAUGGCUGUCUUCUCUAAUGUUUGCCUCUGCUGUGAUUGGCCUAUUAUCUGACGCCUCUGCAAAGUGGUUAGGGCAGCAUUAGCGCUUGCCACACAGCUAACCUGUAAAUAGGACUUGGUAUCUAUAUUCGUACCUUUUUUGAUUAGUGUAAAUAGAGUUUAAUAUAAGCGCUUCAUGUGGCUUAUGGUAGAAUCUAGCAGAGAGAGACCCUGCAGCCCUGGCUGGCUAUAAUCAAUAUGUAAAGACUGCAAUCUAACUGUGCGUUUAUGCAAACACACAGGAAUUGGAACCAUGAAUUAUGUUUUUUUUUUUUUUUCAACUGAGAGCUUUACUUCUGUUCUUUACAUCGUUGUGAUAGGUUACUUAUUUCUCAGCUCUUGCAUUCCAUCAUUAAUUUUUUCUUUUAUUUUUUUUUCUCAGAUUAAUCCAACUAGUUGCAUUUUUCCCUAACAAAGCUUUAACCUUCUUCAUUAGUCAACACAUUUGUUUUUCCACAUGAAAUCCUCAAUAUCCUGAAUGCUUUUUAUCAUGACCCCCCCCCCCCCUCCUUUUUAAUUGAUAGUACAUUUCACAAGUUACAAAGCUAUAAUAAAAAUAUUCUAGGUUCUCAUAUUUCAAGCCAAAAGAAAAAAGUCCCCCCAAAUGUAAUUUGAAAUACUGUAAUAUGAAAAUUAAUAUAUAUAUAUACAAUUAUCUAUACAUGCUUAAUAUUUUAAAUAAUAUUUCUUUUUUUUCUUUGUAUUCUAUUAAUAACUUUUUUUCUCACAUUACAGUGAUGAAAUCGUAUCAGAAAAAAGUUAAAAUAAAUAUAAUUAAUUGGAAAUGUAUUCACAAUAUUGCAAAAAUAUAUAUAUAUUACUUUUUUUUAUUUUGGGUUGAAAUAUGACACGGGUAUCUUCUUGACAGGUUUUUUGGUUUUGUGCAUCAAACACUUGUAGGAAUGACUUUACUGAGAAAUAAGACUUGUUUGGUUCUCACUUUUUUAAGGGUAACUCUAAUAGCAGCAUGCUGGAUAAUUUAUCAGUAACUCGGGUUGUACGCGCUACCUGGGUGUUUUUGAUAUUUGUUUGCACAGGCAGGUUCUUCAAAGCAUAAUCUAAUUACAGCAUAACUCAGCACAUUCUUUUCUUAUGCUUGGUUGUUAUUAUCUAAACAGUAAUUACAGACACCUAAUACCAUGUCGGCCAUGGUAUAGACGUUUUUGCAUGCGUUUGUGCGUCGUGUUAAUAUCACUCUAGCCACUGCCUGCAUUGUGUCCUCUAAACCAAACACAGCUGCCUUAGCUUGGCCUUAGUGGUUCACAGUUAUUCAUUUUAAAUACGCUUUUUAAGUUUGUAAGAGUCCUUUUCUCCACUGUGUAUAAUAGCUGAAUGUGAUAUUUGCGAGACCGUCGACUCCCUGAGUCGCAAUAGAGGGCUGAUACUUACAGAGCACUAUCUCUGUUGCUUUAUAUAUCUUGUUCUCUCCACUUUCUCCACAAUCUCUUUUUUAAUCAAGUCUGAUUUGUAUGAAUCUUCUACUUUUCUGUCAGGGCUCAGGGUCAUUAGGAAAACCUUUUCUGUGGUAUGAGAGUUAAUCAUCGUUAAUGAAGAUUGUCUGUAGGUGUGAGUUUGGUGUCGGAACUGGGUCGACGAUUUAAUGAUCAUGUAAGCUGAAUUUAACUACCUGGAAACUGCGGUUCCUCGCAGUGCGCGUGUGUGUUUGUGGAAGCGCGUGUUUUUUGAAGCGAGGGCAAUGUAUAGCAUUUACCUAUACGCCAAGUAUACUCAUAUUUGAUUGAGUGUCACAUAUUCGGCCCAGGUUAGAUGGGUAAUUUGUGUGUGAGUGAAAAGGUUAUUGUUUCCUUAGUAAAUUACUAAUAAAUAACUUAGUCAUGGCACUUAAGAUUUAAUGAUAUGGAAGGUUUGCUAUAUAUAUCUAUAUCUAUGAGUAUUACUUUGCAAAUGUAAAAGAUUAAAAUAUUUUCUUGUAGACUAGUUUUGAUAUUCUGUUAUCUGUACAGGUGGAGGCACAGGGCAGAUGGUUGUGUGUGGGUAUGUGUGGGUAUGUAUGCAAAUAUAGGGACGUACGAUUGCAUGCUAACCUCCUGCCCAGUGCUGGUGAAUAUAUAUAUAUAUAUAUAUAUAUAUAUAUAUAUAUUCCCUAUCUUACUGCUCUCUUUCGACAGUCUAUUUUCUCGUCUUCAUGCCUUCUCUCAAUACUAAGCUGCUCAGUACUUUUUUUGUGGGAUGAGGGUGUACACUCGAUUUUAAACUGGAAAACAAUCUUCCAGUUUUGAGCGAUUUUGUAAUCAUUCACUUAUUUGUUUUGUUCUGAUUUUGUGAUGAAUGAGUGAGAAUAUCCGUACAGCACUUACCAUAAAAUAAUAUCAGACAAACCAGGACAUGUCAUGUUUAAACCAUUGCAAGAUAUGCAUUAUGCACGAUGGUGAUGAUUGCGAGACAUGAGAAAGACAGAUAUGAAAUUGAUGUUGGUCUCUUUUCCUAGUCCAAAAUGUAACCAUAACAAACUACCUCUCUGGGGAACAGACACAUUUGAUUUGUAUUUUUUUUUUUUAAUGAUUCAUAUUUGUAUUUAUUGCUGUGCAGUGGCUCACAUGGACAACCCAGUACCUCAUGUAUGAAUAUCACUAAACAAAGACGCCUUAACAGCUGUUUUAUCAGAUUUUUUAAACUAUUAUUAUCUGUGUGUACAGUAUUUGUAUCCGUAGCUUUCUCCAACACGUUCACAAACACGGACUGACAGACAACAAACGUACAUGUUCACGAGAAAGCUGAGAGCUGUUAAGAUGUGGUCCCUUCCAAGAUUGACAGUGUUCAGUUGCUGCUGGGAUUGGUUGGCCAUCCUCAGGCCCCUCCCCCUCUUUAUUCUGACUGCUCAGUUGGAUUUUGCUGCUCCGCAAAAACAUAUUCCACAAAACAUGACAGAGCAUGGCCUUCUCUCUUUUUCUCUUUUUAAACGGUGAUCUGUCAAGUGGACAUCAUCUACCAUGCCAAUCACACAUGGUCAAACAUUACCUCGCAUAUAUACGCCCUAUGGUCAAUACCUCAUGCCAGGUCAAUCCUAAAAUGGAGUAGAAGAUGGAUUCGAAUUGAUGACAGAGUCAACUGACAAAGAGUUUAUUGAAGAGAGACAUGCUCUCUACCUCUCUUCUGUCUGGGCACCAUAGGACAGGAGAUCAAUAGAAAGUUUGUGGCACUAAAUGGCUCAUAAGUGCUGAAGCACUUCUGUCUCUGAGUGAAUGGGUACUAUAAAGAAAACUGUAAUGCAAAUGCUAGCUGUUUACAGGCUAACAAGUAGUAUGCCUGCUCACCAGGACAAAACCAGUUGAAUAUGACCAUUCAUGAAACGGUUAAAAACGCCUGUUUUUUUUCUCUCUUCUUUUUCCAUCAUAAAGUAUUGUAAAUUCAUGUUCCUGAUUUCAUGUAAUAUUGGUCAAAUGUUUUACAAAUCAAUAAAAGAAUAUAAUAAUAAA